AUGGAUGCAAAAUAUUUGAGAAGAGCAACACAAAGAGUUCAAGAAGUUAAUAAUUUAAUUUUUGAUAUUCGAAUUCUUAAUAACACUGGAACUAUUAAAGAAAAGGUUAAUGAUUUUAAAAGAAGAAUUGAUUUAUUAGAGUUAAAAUUAAAAACGUUACCUAGUAAUGAUAGUGAAUAUGAACAAUCAAGUGAUGUAAAUGAUUUUGAAAAUGAAUUAGAAAUAAUUGAAAAUGAAUUAAACAUUUUGUAUCAAUUAGAAAAAGAAAAAACAAGUAUUUGUUUUGGAAUUACUAAUACUGAAAUUUAUGAAAUUAUUCCAAGAUGUGCACCAAAAUUGAGAAUAGAUAUUGCUGGUUGUCAAAAAUAUGAUGGGGUUAAUGCUUUAACCUUUUAUUCUAAUAAUCAAGAAAAUCAAAUGUUUCAAUUUAUUAAAUGUAAAGAACCUGGACAUACUUGUUGUGUUUUAAUUCGUGCUGUUCAUAGUGGUAAAUUUUUAGGUAGAGAAGACAAUAAAGAUUAUUUUGGUGUUAAUGUUUGUCAAACAAAUGCUGAUCCUAAUGACGAAACUAAUCAUUGGUUUAUUGAGUCAUUUGGUAAAGGUGUAUAUAUCAUUAUUUGUUCUCAUGCUAAUCUUGCUCUUGAUAUUAAAGGUGGUAAUGAUAAAUCUGAAACUAAUGUUAUUUGUUGGGAAAGACAUGAAGAAUUAAAUCAACAAUUUAUAUUACAGCCAAUUGACCCAAUUAAAAGCGAACUUUUUAGAAGAAAGUUACUUGAAAUAAAACCAUCAACAGAACCAAUUCCUUUUCUUUCAUCAGUGAGACAAUGGUUUCAAAAAUAA